CACCCGGCUGGGGGGAGCACAGCUCUGGGGGGUCUGUGGGGGCACUGAGCCUCCCCUGCUUCCUUCCCCUGUGCUUUGUGUCUGGAAGGAAGAAACCCCAGCAGCUCUGAGCUGGACAAAUCUUCUGGAAGAUGCAGCUACUCCUGCUCCUGAUAGCCUUUCUUCUGCCUCCUGGGCUGGGACAGCCUUUUCUUUCAGAGGAGAUCAUUGGGGGCCACGAGGCCAAGCCCCACUCCCGCCCCUACAUGGCUUUGGUUCAGUUUCUGGAUGAGAUGAGUUGGAAGAGGUGUGGCGGUGUUCUCAUACAAAAGGACUUUGUUCUGACAGCUGCUCACUGCAGAGGAAGCUCAAUCAUCGUCACCCUGGGGGCCCACAACAUCAAACAGCAGGAGAGGACCCAGCAGGUCAUCCAGGUGAAAAAAGCCAUCCACCACCCAGACUAUAAUCCUAAGACCUUCUCCAACGACAUCAUGUUACUGCAGCUGGAGAGAAAGGCCAAGCAGACGUCAGCUGUGAAGCCCCUUAGUCUGCCCAAGGCCAAGGCCCAGGUGAAGCCAGGAGAAUUGUGCAGUCUGGCCGGCUGGGGGAAGGUGGCCCUGGGCACUCCAGCCACCACCCUGCAGGAGGUAGAGCUGACGGUUCAGGAGGAUCGGGUGUGUGAAUCACUCAACCCCAGGAACUACAGUCGGGCCACCCAGAUUUGUGUCGGGGACCCAAGGAAGGUGAAAACCGGCUUCAAGGGUGACUCCGGUGGACCCCUCGUGUGUAAAAAAGUGGUCCAUGGUAUUUUCUCCUAUGGAAAGAUGAAUGGGACACCUCCAGGAGUCUUCACCCAGGUCUCACACUUCCUACCCUGGAUAAAGAGAACAAUGAAGCACCUCUAACAGCAGCUUGAGACUGUCCUUUCUCUGCACUGACCAUUGUCCUGGGGCGGCAGCAAGAAUCCCACAGGGAUUGGCAGUGGGAUCACAGGGCCAUAAUAAAUGGGAUCUCCAAAGCGA